AUGUCGCUCGCCGGGCUGCACGAGCGCCUGAUGGCCCUCCAGGCGUCGUCGGCCCAGCUCCCGGCACUCGUCGACCGCCUCGCACACCUCACUUUUGAGCCGGGCUCGGUCCCGCUCGGCACGGAGGAAGAGGACAGUGUCAGCGGGGAGCUGAGCGCCGAGAUUGGGCUGCGCCUCAAGACGGGCGCCGAGGAGCAGGAGCUGCUGCGGGCCGAGGCGAGCUAUGCGCGGCCGGAAGGCCACGAGAAGGAGCGGCUGGUGGAUGGGGUGGUGCGCGUAGGCGCGGAUCUGGCAAAAUAUCGGGCGGCGUUUCGAAAAGCACGACUGCAGGCAAAGAAGAGCCUGGUGGAGGCGCAGAAGCUGGAGCGACGGCUCCUCCUCCAAUCCUAUUCCGCACCGGUCCCCGACUUCGAGCCGCAAAACGAGACCGACGAGCCGGCCGCCCAGCAACACACCACCACCCGUUACCAGCAACCGCGGAGCAUCCUCCAGAACCGGUCGGGCCUGAGCGAGACGGACCAGCAGACGGUCGGCGCGAGCAGCAACGUGACGGCCUCGCUGCGGCGCGCGCACGACCUCAUCGCGUCGGAGCUCGGGCGCAGCGCGUACGCGCACGAGACGCUCGUUGAGUCCACGGCCGCGCUGCGGCAGCUCGACGACAGCUACGGCUCGCUCGACUCGAUGCUGGGCAAGUCGCGGGAGCUGCUCGGCACGCUGCUGCGCUCGCAAAAGAGCGACACGUGGUACCUGCAGACGGCGUUUUACAUGCUCGCGGUGACGCUCGCGUGGCUCGCGUUUCGCCGGCUGCUGUACGGUCCGCUGUGGUGGCUGGUGCUGGUGCCGCUGCGGAUACUUCUCGGCAUCGGCAAGACAGCGACGAGGGCCGUCUUGCCGGCGGGGAAGCAGUCGGCGGCGGUGGUGCAGAGUGGUGCUGACGGCGGUGGGGAGAGGGUAUCGGUGCAGGGCUUGCCGGGUGAGGCACUGCCGACGGCCAAGGUGGGUAGUCAGGUGGUGGAGGACCAUGUCAAGGAUGUUGUGGACGAGGCUGUGAAGCAGGCCGUGGAAGAGGUCGAGGCCGGACAAGAAACGGUGACGGAGCCGGUGGCGGAGAAACAGCCGGCGGAUGACGAGGCGCGAGGGGUGGAGGACAGAGGCGACGACGACAGCACAAAUGCGGAGCCUGUCCAUGAAAAGGAUGAAUUAUAA